CGGAGCGCUACUGAUGAGCGACGGGGAUAAGAUGGCAGCGGCCGUGGUGCAGAUGGCCUGUUCUUACCGCGGCAUGUUAGCGGUGAGAAACACGGGCAUCCGAGCGCUCAUUCCCGGCCUAGUGUCCUCUCAGUUAAGGGCCUUUUCCGUUACAAAAGAACCAGAGCUGGAGGAGAAUCCGUACUACAAUAAAUAUGAAGAGAAGAUCAGGAAACUGCGCAGCUCAAAACCUCAAGAAUACAAAGCUCGUCUAGAGAAGCGCAGCGAGGUAAAGAAGGAGCCUCUUGGACAUUCAAAACAAGCUGAGUUCAUCAAACUCAUGGAUCAGGAGAUGGAUAAACGAGGCAAAGCAGAACAUGGAAGUUUUACCAAGAACAAGACUUUAGGAUCAAUCCUCAACCUUGACAUGGUUCAGGACAAGUCUGGCACUGAAAUUGGAGAGCUUUGGAUGCAAUAUUUCUCAACAAAAGACACGAUCAGUGCUGUCAUACCGGGGUCAACAUUUGAGAUGAUGAUCAGUCGAGCUAAGUCGUGCCCAAUGUUCUUAUAUGCUCUGCCGAGGAAAGAGGGCUACGAAUUCUUUCUGGGUCAGUGGGCUGGUCAGGAGCUACACUUCACUUCUCUUAUCAACGUUCAGACCUUGGGCGAAAGCGCUCCCAGCCAGCUGGUUCUGUACCACUACUCAGACCUGCAGAAGGACAAGGACAUUGUGCUCAUGACUGCUGAAAUGGACGGGAAAUUCAUUACUGUUCAUGAGGCUCAGUGCUUGGCCAAUCAGGUGCAGCUAUUCUAUGCUGCACAGAGACAUGAGACUUAUCAGUUGGUGGAGAAGUUCAACCACAGACCAGCAGAGUUCAAGCACAUGUCUGUGAUAGCAGAACUAGAGCAGAGCGGCAUAGGACAAGGUGUCACCACAAAGUAAUGUCCAGUUCAGUGGGAACAGAGUUCUGGUGUAAAGAAGUCUCAUUGAGGCCCAGUGGAGAUAAAGGCGUCCCAGCAGGAAGUCGCUGCCCAUUGUCGUUUUAUUGGGAUUAGUCUGCUCUUCCAACCCAUUGACCUAUGACCUGUAUGACUGGCCUGGAUCAAACUAAUACUAUCUCAUCUGCUGCCAUGUAUGCCGGUUUAUGUUUGGUUUGAAUAUCGACUCUCCUAUUGAUAUUACUUGUAUUUAUUACAGUUUAGAAAUCAGUUUGAUGGUAAAAAUUGUCAUUGAGUUAUUUUGUGCAUCAAAUUUUGCUGUGUAAGACUGGCAUGUAUUUAUUUAGGGGAGCAUUACAGACAUCUGACCCUGCUGAAGGCAAUGUGGGAUUUAUGCUGAUGGCUUAUGCAGUAAACACUGCAACAGUCACAGCAUUUUCAUAGAUUUCAAAAUGGUGUAAAAAUUGGGCCAGAAAACAAGAAGAACUGCCAUUACAUUCUAGUUGAAGGUGCUCAUUUGUUGUUUGGGAGAUGAAGUGUGAAAAUCUAACAUGGAGCACUUGUUUAAUUUAUUGAAGAGCUGCUUAUAACAAUAUUCAGUGUUUCUAAGGGAAGAGGUGCAUCAUAGCAAAAAAAAAAAAACAGUUAAUAACAUGAGAUUUUGAACUCCAUGCAAGGUCUUUAAGGUGAAGUGUCUUUUUGCUAGAAUAGAGUGAGCAUUGCACCUUUUUACUAAAAACCUUUUUCUUUUUUGGUUGCACCUCACCUAUGGUUGGUUGAAGCGCCUUCUUCUCCUUUGUCUUGGUCUAAGAAUAUGCAGAAGUGUGCAAAAGUAAGAGACCACUGUUUUGCAUUUAAUGUCAAGAUCAUUUAUCAGAGUUGAAGAAAAAAGCAGGACACAUAGCAUUUAACAGAAAAUUACACAAAAGCCUCCAACACACACAAGUAUAAUAACAAAUGCAACCCACUUCUAAGACUGAACUUUUAGACGUGUGUAAAAUACCUCUGGGAAUAAUGGAAGCUGUGACAAACGCAAAGAGUGGAUACACUAGAUACUGAAAAAAAUUAUGUAUCUAGUUGUAGGCUUGUAUUUAGUUGGACUUCUGUGUAAUUUUGUAUAUGUUUUUUUCUAAACAACAAGCACACAAUUGCUGGAAAUGGAAUAAAGGAAAGGGUGAUCUCACUUUUGUAGAGCUGUACUGUAUUAUGUACAAGUCAGACGGUUUAAAAGAGCAAAUGAGGGUCAAAUACCAGUCACUGACGGCCUCACCACUCCACAGCUUAUGUGUUUCUCCACUUCAUUGUACCUGACUUGGCUCAUGGUGAGCUUGCAAAUGAGCUGAUGGGCUGCAUUAAGGUUGGAAACACUUGAAGUGGUCAAGUGUUAUGACCUUUCAGCACUGUGACCCUCCAGGACUGUGGUUUACCCCUGCUGCUCCACCAUGCACAAAGACAUGCACCAUUGCUGGUGCUAUUUAUGGCCUGAUGAGGAAUUAUUCAAUGAGUCAUACAGAUUGUGUCAUAAUAAACAGCUUGAAAUGUAAUUAACUGAUGAAGUCUUCUUGCAUUGUUGGGCCUUUAUGAUUCAUGAUCAUGGUUGGGCAAAAUACUUAGAAAAAGUAGUUAUGGCUGAAUACUGAAUACAUUGUCCUAAGUGUAGCGUAUUCCACUACAAUAAAUAAGGUAACGUAUUUAGAAUACAUUUGCGAUACAUAUUGAUGAGGUACAUGGGAAAAACGUAUGUACUGUUAUAUUUCACACUUAUACUGGAUGUUUUGUUCAUGUAAUUCUUCUAAUAAUAUGUUUCAUAAAAAUCAAUUAUUCCAAUAAAUUCCAGAAAUGAA